UUCUACCCCCCUGAUCUAAUGAUGUCAUCUGGUCUCUGAAGAAUUUAUAGAGUGUGGGCUGGGCUGGGCUAUGUGAGAGAAUGAAUGACUAUAUAAGUUAGUUGCCAUUGUAGGCUAGGGUAAGCUUUCUUUCACUCACCUCUCCCCUUCCAUCUCUCUCUCUCCCCUUUUACACCUUCCCUUUCCUUCCCUUACAUUAGUUAGCAACUUGUUUCUAUGUAAAUACUUAUUUUCUGUAUAAUAAAAGAAAUACUUUCAUCAAGCAGCGUCCGGAUUUCCUAAGCUAAAGCUGAAUUUGCUAAACUGAAGUACUGGAGCUGCAAGAACUCUUUGUGAAUAGAGACUAGACCGGACCUAUCUGUGUGGGAAGUGUGCAGAUCUACAAGACACUGAAAGCUGCAAGUACUCUGAUAGCGGCUACCCUUGUCGGCCAUGGCUUUUAACACCUGUCCCCAAUCCAAAACCAGAUUCUGAAAUUCAUUUUAAUGAAGCACAUAGAAGUACACGGAGUGCAGUUGAGAGGACAUUUGGAGUCUUGAAAAUGCGUUUUUGUGCAUUGGACCGCACAGGUGGUGUUUUAUUGUAUUCUCCAGAGAAAGUAAAUGACAUAAUACUUGUGUGCUGUAUGCUUCACAACGUGGCAGUCCAUUGUGGGGAUGCAGAUAUUGAUAUACCACAUGACAAUUAUUCACCUCCAGAAGUAAUAUCUGAAAAUUCUACUCAAAAUGGAGUUUCUAACAGGACCGAGCUAAUAGAGAGAUACUUCACCUAUAAAUAUCACCUUCCAGUUGGGUUUGGAUUGAUGAGAUCCAGGAUGUUGGCAGUCAUCUGGACCAUCCUGUUCCUGUGCCAGGGUGUCUCGGUUGAGAUUCAUGUACAGCCUGUAAUAGAACCUGGUCCAUCUUCUGGGAUCAUGAUUGAGGAAUCACCUGGUUUCCUGAUUACCAACCGGAAAGUUUUCUCCCAAAAGAUAUUUAUCAGUCUGGAUCCUAAGGUUACUAUUGAAAAAUAUUUUGAUGUUUCCAAGUUUGAAUCACCAGAAAUUAAAUCUUGGUAUCAAGAACAUGUUAAAAGGAUCCAGUCUACUACUAAGGAAAUGUUGGGGCAGUUGCAGAAGUCUUUUCCUGGUGGAUCUUACAAUGUACAAUCACGUACCAAACGUUCACCUGGAGUUAUUGCUGGACUAGUUGCGACAUCCGUCAUCGGUUUUUCAGCUGUUACUGCCGUGGCUGUGUCUAAUUCAAUUUCCAUCAGUAAUUUGAAUCAUGAAAUGUCAAUUUUUCGUGAACAGAUGGCAACCAUGAUGGAGGUUUUGAAGAAACAAAAGGAGAGUUUGUCAGAUAUGAUGGAGAUAGUCAAUGAUACUGUUGUGACCACUAAUUUGCAUUCAGGUCUUUCCAUCCGAGCGAUAAAGGUCCAAUAUAAACAUGAACUAAUUCAGAAUGAACUGUUAAGUUUUUUGGACCCAGUGGUGUAUUUUACAGGAAAUUGGUUACGAGAGAUUCAAAGUGGAAUUGAGAGUCUUGUUGAGGGAUGUAUUCCAUUAUAUUUUGUCAACAAGGACAUUAUAAAAACAAUGCUCUUAAGAGCUUAUGGAAAGGAUGUUGAUGAAAUGCAAAUAAACAUUGCUUUUGAUGCUGAUUCUGCUUUGCCACUCUACAUUGAUCCCCAAAACAUGGAACUUUGUUUUCUAAUAAAGGUGCCACAUAUGUCAUUUAAUGAUAUUUAUCAAUUGAAAGUUGUACAUAAUGUGGGUACUUGGAAAAAUAAUAUACAUGUACAAAUCCAAACCCCAAGUGUGGUGGCAUAUCAAUCCCGUACAUCUAGUCCGUAUUUGGUUCCCAAACUUGAAACUUGUGUUAAGUUUAAGGAUCAUAAUUAUUUAUGCCCUGGUAAACCUUUCUUAAAUGAUGCUUCAAAGGCACUAUGUGGUGUCAGGUUUAUGUCACAAGUUCAGGAACAAUGUGAAGUGAAUAUGACUAAGACUGAUGACUUGGCUCAAACUAGAGCUGUGUUGGUAAAAGAUAAGUGGUUAGUGAGUACAAAUCUGAAGAAUAUGACUGUUACUUACAUAAUGCAUGGUGGGGUUUAUACAAUACCAAUAUCCUAUAAUGUGAUGCUCGUACAGGUACCUAAAGAUCACCUUGUUACCAUUGGUAAUAUUACUCUUUUUUAUAUUGAAUCUUCAGUAUUAAAUGGUGAAGUAGAAGUGGUAAAUGCCUUCCAAGGUCGUGAGAUUCCUAUAGAUGCUGAGUUAAUGUAUCUCCUUAAUAAUAAACCUAAUCAUACUGUAAAGAUGAACAUCCGCAAGGAUGACUUAUCUAUUUCUGAUUUCAUGUAUCCUACAUUUACUGGCUGGAUGUCUCCUUUUAACAUUUGGAACCAGAAGAUAGGUGCAAUUAUAUCCAUUUUUGAUAUAUUUAUUGUAAUUUGGAAUUGUGGAUUAACAAUUCUAUGGUAUAAGAAUUUCAAGAGGGGAAGAUACCCUCCCCCUCUUAGUCUUCGGAUGGUUGACCAUAAUAAUCGCCCAUAUAAGACAGUGAUCUAGACUGAUCUCAUCCAUCCUGGGCGGGGUAAGAUAGUCUAGAUGAGGGGGAAUAUGUCAUGAAUUUUUCAUGACAGAACAGACUCCAUGUUGUUUUCUUGUUUUAAGCUUAACCAGGGCUCAGCUAUUAUUACAUUGAAUUUUGUUUUCCUCAGUCUUGCUGACUGAGAAGUUUCAUAUCAAUAUGUUUUUCAUUAUUCAAGGUAGUUUACUUGCUUAGGCCCCAGCUAGUCGCUUAUUUCUGUAAAUAAGUGCAGUUUAUAACCUUGAUUGUAGUUUAGGAAUGUUGGGGUAAACAUAAAUAUAAUAAGUGUUUUUCCAAUAUUUUUACCCUAUAUGCGAGAGCCAUCUACUGUUAAAACAAUAAUAUUUCAUCUAAUUAAUUUUAUGUUAAUCAAUGAUUAAAAUAUUAUAAUUAAUGACUCCUCCUAGAUGAGAGAAUGGAAUAUAUAGGGUCUAGCCCAAGGGGAGGGGGUCGUUUUUCCUGGGCUUUUGAACUGGUCACAUAAUUUAUGGAGUUGGUAAUUUACUAAUCAACUACAGAGGUCCGAGAUUAUUGGAUUAUAACUGCUGAGACGAGUUUAGCCUAUUGGGACAGAUCUACGACCUGACAGUUUGAUUCCUGUCUGAAAAAGGGGGGAAUUUAUUUACUUUGGUGAUGUAUGAAAGAAAGUCACUUUAGAUGUUAAUAUCAUUAAGAUUUUCAUUUAACAUUUAUGUAAAAUGCCUUUUCAUAUUUAAUCAGGUAAAUUAAUUAAUUGUUUUAUAGGUUUGUGUUUUCUUUAUAAAAAUUCCUACCACCUGGUCUUAUUUCUCGACAAUAACACCGGGUGAAUCAGGAAUUAGGAUAGAUUAUCAUCUGACGGUUUGUCAUAAUUAUUAAUCUACCUGAUUCUCCGCAAAUACCUUAGAGGGUUAUAAUGAAAUAUUUGGUUCCCAUCAUCAUGCCAAUGUUUGUGUUAUUUUGAAAAUAUGACUUAAUCAUCUUUAUAGUUUAAUCUCUGUAUUAUUCUGUUUUCCUUGCUAUUUGAAGUUAUGUUAUCGCGUUAGUGAUUAUUAUAGAACUGUAGUUUAUAUCUCUGUAAUAUUUUGAUUGCUUAGGUUUCUAUUAAAUGCUAAUUAUUAAUAACAAAAUACUUCAAUAAAGUUAAUUUUUGUUAUUCA